AUGAUUGCAGCGAUUUUGCCAAGACGCGAUGCUUACACGAACCCUACGGUUGCAGCAGAGCUCUGUGCGAAGGCAGCCGCGGCCGCAGGCGAUGCGGCUAAGACCACGGCCUCCGGCUCCGCCGACGGCGAGGCGCGGCGUGGCACGCGCGGCCGACGGCGGGCCGCCGGCGAGUACCGGGGAGCCUCCGCGAGCAGCGAGCACCAGGUGGCCAAAGCGGCUGUGAAUAUCGGCGGCCUGCGAGCCUUUCGGCUUCCACAGCACCUAUUGGCCAGGACCCACUGUGGAGCCUUCUCUUGGAGACCCGAGACGUGA